AUGGCUUACAACAAUCAGCAGAAUCCAGCAACUGUAUCUGUAUCGAUAUCGAAUGAAAGCAUGAAUAAUGGAGUCCAGGUUCAAAAUGAAAACAAAGUUAUCGAUGAAAUGUUUCCAUUAUUCACAGCUGUCUUCCAGCAAGCCAAUAUUCCAAUCAUAUUUGUUUACCCAUUCUUAGUAUUCUUCUUUCUUCAAGUUGUUAUUGUUACAAACUGGCCAUGGCAGCCAUAUUGGGAAAUUAACGAUACAAAAGGUACAAUGAAACUAUUAAGAUCGAUCUUUUUUUAUAUUCCUCAGCCACCUCAGCCUGGAUAUUACUUCGUUAUUGCGUUUGUUAUUUUCGCAAUAAAUGUGAUAAUCUUUAUUUUGAUUAGAUUUCAAUUGGCAUAUUUCAAAGUGCAAAGAAAUUUUAUCAACGUGCUUAAUUAUCCUAUUAGAUUCUAUUUUGACACAAUACUUAUCGUAAUUUUAAUUCCAUCAAUAAUUGGAGUGGGAGAAACAUUUUUGCUAAUGUGUCAUGGAUAUACAUCGUAUAAAGUAAUUGUCUCCAUGUUGUUAUAUCUCAUAAAUGUUGCAUAUGAAGUAUUCUCAUUCGCAAUUGUUCAGGGAUUUGCAUCAAAAUCAGUGAACGUUAAUGUCUCUCCUCUACUUAACUUUGACCCAUCAAUUAUGAUCAUUACUUUAGCUGCAAUCAUGAUAUCACUAGGAUUAUACUUCAUUCUGGCAUUAUUUGAAGACUGGGCAAGACUUGUUGCAAUAGCUUUACAUUUUGCAAUGUACGUGUAUAUCGUUAUAUACAUUCUAAGAAGAAUUCCAUUCGUCGAUAUUAUGUCGCAAUCAUUAUCGUGUGGAUGGCAAUUUUCUAAUAUGUUAGGUGAUGUUAUCAUGAUUAUCUCUUAUUUCGUCAAGAAAUUCAAUUAUAAUAUUCCAUUAGGUUUAACAUUCGGGUGUUUUAUUGGUUUGACACCUGCUUUUCUUAUCUAUCAUAUCUUCAGAGUCAAAAAGAUUAUUUCUCAACUCCAAGAAACAUUUUCUAAUGAAGAAGAGGCAAGCGAAUAUUACACAUCCCUUGGACUUGAUAAGAAUGAGAUCAAAGCAUUAUUGUAUCUUAGAAUUGGCUUCCAAAACUACUGUCUAUGCUUCUACAAUUGGUCUCUGGUAAACUUUAUCAUCAAUAAAUUCAACGGAGAACUUGCUUUGAGCACAUGCUUGCAACUAGUCAACUAUUUUCCGAAAGAAACAAGACUUCUUAAUAGAAUUGAGCGUCUAAUCCUGACUCAUAGAAAAAUUGGAUUCACAACUAGAUUUUUGAUCUACCAAGUUGACAGUAUAAAGACACUACGUCAAUUUUCAGUGAGUUCCCAAUCAAAACUGAAACUUAUUGAGCUGAAAAACAUGUCAAAGCAAUGCGAGAUGUUGACCAGAGGAGCCGUUGAUUCAAAUAAAUUGACACCAAACUACUUUGAGAACCUUGCAAACAAAGCACAUAUGAUCAGAGCUGUUUGGAGAGAAUCAUUAGAGAAUGCUCCAAAUAAUCCGAAAUUCUGUGAAGAAUUCAGCCGUUAUCUUAUUGAAUGCGAGUGUGAUUUUCCAGAAGGCCUCAAAAUUAGACAUAGAGCACAAGUUAUUGAAAUGGGCUUAAGUUUUUCAAUAGAUUAUUCUUUUAGAUCAAUGGUCAGAGCUUUUCCAGGAUAUAUCACCAAAAAGAUAUUAGAUCUUAAAGGUGCAGUCAAUGAUAAAAAGAAAGAAUCAAUACUUGCAUCUAGUCAAGGUAGUCAAUCAUCAACAGAUCAAAGUAAAACAAGCGGAAGCCAAAAUAGUUCAACAAUGAGUGAAAACUUUUUAGAUCUUGAUGUAGAAGAAAUGGUUGGUAAACAAACAAUAUACCAAUCAAGAACAAGACUUGCUUUACACAGAGCUUUAGAAAACAAACUUCCAAACUCGAUCAAAUCGAUCAUUCCUGCUACAAUAUUUAUUAUUGUUUGCGUCAUUGCUAUCUUUGCUUUUACUUUCAUUUAUUCUGAAAGGCAAUUAGCAACACAAACAGGAUCAUUACAAAGAUUGGAUUCAAUAUCUCAAAUCACAUUUUAUUCCUCAAUUGCGAAUGCUGAUUUGAUCUUAGAAUUCAUCAGAGAACAUAAUGUUUUGGAUACUUAUAUGCCUGCAAUGAGAGGAUUAAUGAGAUCAACUGAUCCUGUUUUCAUUAAUGUUGAUGCUGAUAUGUUGAGAGAAACAAUGAUAUUCACAACAAACUCAUCAAUUCAAUUUGGAAACCUCAUUAAUUCUGUUGCACAAUUGGCUCUUGAAGGUGAAGAUAUUUAUGAUUUCGCCAAAUCAUUGAUAAAACCUGUAACAGAAAUAGUCAUUUGCGAUGCUGAUGCUAAACCUGCAGCGAUAGCAAAUGAAUCAUUUUCAUCUUUAGUCGGAAUGAUGAUUUCUCAUCAAAGAGAAUUAAGUGGAAACAAAACUGUCAAAUAUCUCUUAAGUAAUCCAAAUUACUGCGAGUUGUAUUUCAAUUUCAAUGCAUUCUAUGAACAAUCAAUAGUUUUAUUUGAUUCUUUCUGUGAUUUCCAAAGAUCUGAAGGAAAUCAUCUUAAAAGAGUCUUCGGAAUUUUAGAAUUUUUAAUUCCAUGUGAAACUUUUGUUUCCGUUUUCAUUCCUGUGAUUGUUAUCCAUAUAUUAACAAUCAAAUCACUCAAAGAUGUUAUUGAAAUCAUCAAAGGUUUUGAUGUCAAAGCUAAAAAUGAUGCAAAAGCUCUGAUAACAAUCCAUGCAACAGAUGAUGAUACAAAAAUUGUUGAAAUGACAGGAACAAGUCGUGUAUCCUAUAUUUUAAUUACCAUUAUAUUGUUUAUCUCUUUAGGAUUCUUACUUUGUUCUUUAAUUAUUUGUAUUUUGGUAGUCAAUUCAAAUACAAACAUUAUCAAUUUGAAUUCAUGGAAUCAAUUUGCAUCAUUAAGAUUGUCAUCAUCAGCUUCUUCCUUGUAUGCUUUGAUUUAUUCUUUGGCAAUGCAUGAUUUGCCAGAACAAAACAGAAUGACAAGUAUUUCUGAGUUAGUUAAUCUUUCUCUAUUUUUGACAAAGGAAUUAGCUGAUCUUGACAAUAAAUUAGUCAAUGGUUUUGAAGACACCCCUGCAUGCAAAGGAUUCGAUGAAGAAUUAGAUCAAUAUAAUAUAAUUGAUAAACCAGCUAAACCUAAAAUUGGAGAUCCCCACGAUUUCUAUGCUCAAACUAGUAUUCAUCAACAGAUUGAUGUGUAUCGUGGCUUUGUUCAGCAAUUAGCAAAUGAUCUUCUAAAUCAAAAUCAAAAUGUGAGCACAUUUAUUAUGGCAAACUCAAUUCACAUUGUCAAUGCUCACAUGUGGAUGAGAUUAAUGAAUGUCACAAAGAGAAUGAUCAAAUUAGCAGACAUGGAAUAUAAUGAUAUAUUGCAAAACAUUAUAAUUAUUGGUGUAUGUGUUACAAUACUAUUAAUAAGUUUCGUAGUUGUUGUAUCAUUUUAUUAUACUAAUAGAGCUUCAGCAUAUAAAGCUGUUUGCUUCGUAUCAAAGAGAUUUAAUCCAGCAACGCUUGUCAACAAUAAACUCUUCAGUAAAACAUUCUUGAAAUCGAAAUCAGAUAUAAAGGAUGACAGAUUAUCAGUUGAUGGAUUGAUUAUUCUUAAUGCAACAGAUUCGAUAUUCUUGACAAGUGUAUUUGGUGUUGUUGAGAUUGUUAACAAGUCUGUACAAGGAUUAAUUGGAUACACGCCUGAACAAAUAUUAGGACAACAUAUUUCUCAAUUCUUCACAAGUGCUGAUGAAGAUAAGAUCACAAAUAAACUUGAGAUGAUGAGAUCAGGACAGAUAUCAACAUUUGCAGAAGAAGAUUUUACAGCAGUAACAGAUAAUAAUGUGGAGAUCCCAUGUCAUGUAACAAUAGUCGGAAUCAAGAAUCAUAAUAACGAUGACUUGAACUCAUUUGCAAUCAUUGUAAGAGAUCAAACUGCACUUGUUCAUCAAAUGAAGCAAGCAGAAGAAGCGAAGGCCAAAUCAGAAAAAUUGUUGUAUCAGAUAUUGCCAAGAGAUAUUGUUGUACAGUUGAACAGAGGAGAGAAAGAUAUCACGUUCACUGUCAACUCAGCAACAAUCAUCUUCAUUGACAUUGUUCGCUUCUCAGAGUACACCGUCAACCUUAGUCCACAAGACAUCAUGCAGAACUUAUCAUUGUACUUUGCAGGUAUUGACAAGAUCGCUAGCAAGUACAACAUGGUCACUAAGAUCAAACUCAUUGGUGACAUCUACAUGGCUGCCGCUGGUUUGUUCAAUCCAGAAACAUCUCCAGAAUCACAUGCCGAGCAAGCAGUCAUGCUUGGUCUUGAUUCCAUCGCAGAACUUGAUGAAAUCAACAUGCGUCUUGAUUCAUCUCUUACAAUCCGCGUUGGUGUGAACAGUGGUGGUCCAAUCAUUGCAGGUGUUUUAGGUACCGAUAAACCAGCAUUCGACAUCAUUGGUGAUCCAAUCAAUGUUGCAGCUCGUCUUCAAAGUACAGAUGAAGCAAACCAUGUUCAUAUCAGUCAAGCAACUUAUGACUUAAUCAAAGGUAUGAGUUUCGACAUUGCUGCAAGAGUAGAAACGUUCUUGAAAGGUAAGGGAAAGCAAAUGACUUACUUAGUCAAUCCUGUUCAAUCAUAUCUAACAUCAACAGGAAGUUUUCAUAGACAGUGA